AUGUCAUUGUACCUCGUAGGCAAGUUCACCUCUGUCAAGGCUAUGACAGCUAAGAUACUCGAAGAGACCUACACUGGACAGAAUGUUCGCUUCGACGUGACGUCACAAAGAAAUGAUGAUGGAUUGCGGGCGUGCUCCAAUAUCUCGUUACUUAUAGCAAAAUCCGGAAAACCGCAUACUAUCGGAGAGAAGUUAAUUUUGCCAGCCGUUGAAGAGGUUUUAAAAACUGUUUUCACAAACCUGCAUCUGAUAUCAGUAAAAGAAUUCCCUUAA